AUGGCAGAUCGCAACUCUUGGCUGCAUGUCGCUAAUCUUGGUGUUUGUGGAAUUAACAACCCUUCAAUGAGGCUGAGAAACAUUAUCGGACAAACUCUUAUUAAAGAUCGAACAGGCACUUAUCAAAAACGUUGGCAGUCCGACUUGGAGGAUGAGAAUGGUGGAAGUCCAAUGGAUAUUGGCAUUGAGCAAUGGAGCGAAGACUGGAAGAAAACAGUCGCUCUUCCAACAACAACAAAAUCAACUACACACAACAGUUUUUACUGUCUUGAGGGGAUUCAUUUAUUUGCCUUGGCUAAUUUUCUUCGAAGACCAAUUCUGGUAAUAUGUGACGAUUUUCAUCGUGGUGACUAUGAUGAACCAAUUGCUGGUGUAAACCUUGGUGGCAUAUACUUACCAUUGUUAUCUGACUCCGUGGAUUGUAUCAAAACUCCUCUUUUGAUUCGCUACCACCAUGGACACUUUACAGAAUUUGUGAUGGCAGAAAAUAACGAGAGAGUAUCUUUAAUGAAAUAUGAUGGUCAGCUUAUGAAACUCCGUUGUUUGUUACCAGAGGAAAGCAAUUUCUCAGAUCGAUUACUGCGGGAAUACUUGAACUGUUUAAAGUUGAAUUACACUGAUGAAAAUGGGUGUAUAACGGAAAUACUUUUUGCGAAAAUGCAAGCCUGUUAUACUUGCGGCUAAAAUAUAAGAUAACUUAACCUCAACUUUUUAAGUAGCAAAGAAUAUAAGACGUUAUAUCAUAAUGUAUUUGAUCAUUUAUGUAAAUCAUUUGAAGUAUUGUAUAAUGACAUAACUUAUAUAAGUUAACUUAAGCUCAACCUCUUAACUAGUCAUUAUACAUACCUUAUUUAUAUUAACUAUUUAUACAUACAUUAAUUAUGCUAACUUUAUUAUACAAGGUUCUAUUCUUUGCAUUCAAAGUGAAUUAGAUGAAUUGUGUAAAUUCAGUCAAAAGA